AAAUAAAUUGACAAAUAAUUUAUUUCCAUUAAAUAAUUAUUUCUACAAAUGAAGAGUUUCGUUGCAAAACGAGAUAACCACCGUUUUUUUAAUUGUUCAGAAAUCUCGUUUUUUGGUUGUGCAUUCCAGUUAAUUUCAAUGCAACUGCAGUUGGUUUGUUUUGAUUUAAACCUUCAUAACUUAAAAAUACAGCUAAGUAGCACCAUAAAACAAAAUAAUAACAUGAUAACAUAAUAAUAAACAUGUUUUGUCAAAAAUGUUAAAAAAAUGGAUUUAUCUCGUUUUGCAACGAAACUCUUCAAAUAUACAGUAGGAAAACACAAGAUUACAUGGUUUGUGAUGCACAUGGUAUGGUGCUUUUACUGUGCAUUCACACCAGAUGCGAAUGAUAAAGCGCAAAAAUCGCACUAUUCGCACAUAGUUGAACAUUUUGAGUUAACUAGCUUCAUUCGCACAUGAAAUUCCUGCCAUUCGUUGGUAUCGCGCUGCAGGAUGUCUACAGUGUCUUUGCAUUGACUUUAAGCGACAAUGUGUAGUUUUUAAAGUAUUUUAUUAGUCAAAAUCAAUGUCUUUAUUCAUAAAUAUGUCCUCAUUGGUGUCAAAUUACGUCUGCCAAUGAUCUGACUUUUCUUUGUAAGCUUAGAAUUUCUCCUCUUUAUUUACAUUGAACGGGUAAGUAGAAAAAUAGCAGAGAGAGACAAAAAGCACUAGCCUACUGCAACGCGUUUUCGUUCAAAACACGUGAACCAGCUGAAAUGGAGAUAAGUGAGAACAUAACGGCUACCAGUUGCAACACAUGUUUGGAAAAGCGAGGCACACUAUUUGUUUGAAAGCAAAAUAAAAUUUCACCACUAGAUGGGGGAAAUCCUACUUAUUGUCCCUUUAACUUGUAAAUGGACCCUUUAACAGCCCACAUGAUCAAAUAGUUGCAUGCACAUUUUGUCAACGGAAGUGUUGUUGUUCCCCAGUGGUUCUAACGUGUUAGCACCUCAAAAGGUUUUCAAAAAUGGUUUCCCAGGAUUAAAAUGUCUGGCUCUUGCGUUUAUGGUUGCACUAAUAUUUGUAUAUUUUUAUUAUAUAUUUAUAUUAAAUAUUUGGCCAUCUGCUAACAUCUUCUAUCCACUCCACUAUAGUACACGGAUCUGGUAGCCAGAUACUAUUUGAUAGUAAUUUUUUUGCAUAGCUUAACACGCUGCUUAUUCUCACCAUACUUAUGUUGCCAAAAUGCGCGCAUGCGUUGCUACAUCAUCAUUGUGUACAAACGGGGUCAAAAAAAAAGGGGUCUAUAACUUGCGCUUAAAGCUGCCAUUGGCAACUCUGGAGGAUUGAGCCGAUUCCAAAUGUUGCGCUAAUUGGACCAAGUGAACCGGGAGCGGUGGAUUUUUGCAAAACAAAUAACAGGCUCUAGGUGGAGGUAGAAGGUUUUUUUUCUUAAACAGUCUAAUUUAUGUUGUUCUAUCGGAGCAUAGUGUUGGUUUCAGUGAAAAUGAUCAAAAAUAUGAUCAAAAAAGUUGCCGGCCACAGCUUUAAAGCAACACCAAAGAGUUUUUUACCUUAAAAUAAUGUUUCCCAAAAAGUUUCAGUCGUUCAUCCACUCGAAACAGGGUGAACGGCACUUUCACAUUCGCUUUGCGUCCCAAAACCGCACUAAAGAAGUUUCCAACCGGCAGGUCGUGGUCCUGUAGUUCGAGUGAAAACUACAAAAACUUGCUUUACGCAGACCUACAAUCCAAUCAGAGCCAGCGUUGAUGCAGUAUUUACCAGGGGUGCAAACUUGUCACCUUUCGGCGAAAUUCGCCGUUUUUUGAUACAAAAUAGGUCAUUCUUGUGAUUCGUCUAGAUCCGAUGAGUUUUUCAAAAUGAGGGGUGAGGGGGGUCUGCGACAUAGUAGCAGUAAAUUAAAUUAUGAAAAUCAUGUCCAGCUAUUGUGGUAACGAUGUCAAAUUACUAGCCAGUUUGGCGGGUUAUGUUUUACAAUUUAUAGCCACCUCAUUUGCUGCCGAAGUUUAAGCAGUCUGCAGAUUGAGUGCACAUACUUAACUCGUAGUAUUUUCUCAUUUGAGGUUACGUGCCCACGUCACGUUGCUGUGCGCGUGGUCAUAAAGCUUAACAUUUGUUCACGCACCGCAGUUUUAAGUUAAGUGAUUUUAAGCCAUUGACAACAGUGCUAUAUGCGCUAUAUACCUGUUUCUGUUUAAGAGGAGCGUGCAAGCCGCGUAUCCGCUUAUAUAAGAGCGCAUGUGUCUUGUCACCUUUUUCACCCCUGAUGAGUUUGCACCCCUGAUUUACGACAGUGGUAAUGGACAAUUACGCUUCUAACCUGUAGGGGGAGCAAAGAGCAAAAACUCUUUAGUGUUGCUUUAACGCUUCUUCCGUGUCUGGUGUGAAUGCACCAUUAGACAGAGAGAGGCUGUUAUUUUAAAUCUAAGUCUGUAAAAACCGUCAUUUUUUGUAAUUUACUGUCGUUUUAUCAUUAGAUUAUCAGACUACAAUCACAAUUAAACUACAGAAAUACAUUUCUUAUCCACUUUGAACGGUAGUAUUGCAAGAUUGCAAAUCUAUCCUUGACUUUUCUUGCACAUUUUUAAAUGUGUAAAUAUUUUUUUGCCUACAAAAGCACCCAUUAAAAAAUAAUUAACAAUUAACUUUGAAGAUAUUGCAUGGUCAAAAUAAUUAAUAAGUAGCCUAAUGGCCGUAUAUUUUGUUUAAAAAAGUAAGUACAUAUGUACAUUUUGUAUUUAUAUUACUGCAGUAUUAUUAACAUUUGUUAAGUAGAAACAUUUUUUUUCCAUAUAUUCUCUACAACAUCACAAUAUGCGUCUUCUGAUCGUGAUAACCUCUAGUCUUGAAAUAUCGCGUGAUGAGCGCUGUUUCAACCUGUUUAAUCCUACCCCAAACCCGUUGCUGUAUCCUCUCUAGCCUCUCUAUAUUUUGAAACGCGGCUUUUAUUUUGCCUGCGAAGCUGCGUAUUCACGCCAGCUUCACAGAGUUGUGUAUUUCCUGCUAAUGUGCCUUACAACGUUUUUAACAAAAGACGAGUGAUUUAAGCGUAGUUUUUGUAAGGUCUGGGUUUAGCCUGUCGCGUGUGACGCGGCCGCGACGCACUGGACACCCAGGAUCGUCGUUUGCAGGACGCGUUCAUUGAUGUUUUCAUUGACGACGUUUAUUAAACGUGAGAAACUGUAGAAAUGUGAUGUGAUAUAAUUUUCUCGUUGUGUUGCAUUCAGCAAUAGUUGCCGUUAUAGGGAGACUAAACACGGUAUAUCGUGCGGAUGUGGAUCUUUCCUCGCAACUACUGUGUACUGAACAAUUCUUGAAUCUUUUAAUACUAAAAUUGUCAUUUAACUGUGUAGCGUCACAAUGAACAAAGAGUUUACUGAACUUGCCUCGGUUUGUGAUAAUAUAGCAAACUCUGACACCAUUGAAGAAAACACAGAAGUGCGUGAUAUGGAUACAUAUAAAUUAAUGGACGUAGAGGACAACACUGAAACUGAAUCUGAGGAAAUAGCAGAGGACUCUUCUGAGGAUGAAAGUGACCCAGAAUAUCAACCCAAAGAAACACUUAAGGAAAAACCAAAUACUACAGCAGAGGACUCUUCUGAGGAUAAUCAAAUAUUACAGUCCAGAGAUUGGAAAUUGUUGUGGUCUUCAUCUCCAUAUCCCAAAAAACCAGGGCGAGGUUCAGUUAAGAAUAACCUCAAGUUAAAACCAGGGCCCACAACAUACGCAAGCUGUCAUGCUAAAAAUAUAAAGUCGUGCUUUCAAUUGUUUAUGCCAAACAGUAUUGAAAACAUCAUUAUGCAUAUGACCAACAUGGAAGGGAAACGUUUGUAUCAGGAUAGCUGGACUAAGUUGGACAGAACAGAACUGCAAGCGUUCAUAGGUGUGACCAUUUUGUCUGGGGUGUACCGAUCAAAAAACGAGAGCAUUGAAAGUCUGUGGGACGACCGAACGGGCCGGACAAUUUUUCAGACUAUAAUGACAUUAGGGCGGUUUAAAAGUCUCUCGGGAAUCAUUCGCUUCGAUGACCACGAGACAACAUGUGCCCGACUCCAAAAAGACAAACUUGCUCCCAUCAGAGACGUUUGGGACAGAUGGGUUGAUCUUCUUCCACGCAUGUAUAAUCCUGGCCUGGAGGUCAGUGUUGUGGACCAGCUGAUCACUUUUAGAGGUCACUGUCCUUUUAGGCAAUGCGUACAGCGUAAAACAUCCAGAUGUGGAAUAAAAAUCUGGGUGGUUUGUGAUUCCAGGUCCGGCUAUGCGUGGAACGUGCAGCUGGACACCGGCAGAGCUGCAGAUGGAAAAGCGAAAAAGAAUCAAGGCAUGCGAGUUGUGCUUGACAUGACUAAGGGUCUCUGUGGACACAACAUCACAUGUGACAGCUUUUUUACCUCCUAUGCCCUCGGCAAGGAGCUGCUCAAGAGAAAGCUUACUAUGGUUGGCGCGAUCAAACAAAACCAACCUGAGCUCCCACCUGAAGUGGUGAACAGCAAAGGCAGACCUAUGUUUUCUUCCAAGUUUGCCUUCACGGGGACACACGCUCUCAUGUCGUACGUUCCACGAAAAAACAAAAAUGUGCUUCUAAUGAGCACACAGCACAGGAAUGCAGUUGUAAAUGGCAAGAUGCACAAAAAGCCCAAUAUAAUGCUGGAUUACAAUCGUAACAAAGCAGGAGGAGACAAACUUAACCGGGUAUUUUACUCUAUGAUAUGUUUUGUUUUAUGGUGUAUUCUGUGACAUGCUGUCGUUUCAGUGUUGUUUACUGGUUGGUUUUUGUUGCAGUGCAUUGGCGCUUACACUUGUAAGCGUAAGACAGGUCGCUGGCCCCUGAUGGUGUUCUUCAACAUGUUAGAUGUCUCUGCCUACAAUGCCUUUGUGGUGUGGACAGAAACGAACCCAGACUGGAACAAAUCCAAGAACACAAAUAG